AUGAUGAUGAAUUGUCGGCUUCUGCUGGCAUUGCAAGUACUGCAUUGGGUGGCAGGUACCAUGGUAAAACUCGACAACGGUGGGUUUGAAGACCUGGUCAUUGCCAUCAAUCCUAGGAUACCUGAAGACGACAAAAUUGUUGAAAGCAUAAAGGUGAGACAGCUAAAUAGUUGUGAACAUGUUUGAUUUAGCAUCUUACCCCUCAGCGACUGGGAUAGGCUGUGAAAAUGCACUGUGCGUUUUACGAGUGUCGGUUUCCCCGCAACAAGGCCCAGACAUAUAUGGCAGCCGCAAGAAAACAGGCUGUCUUCCCCCACAGGCGCAUUAAAAAAAUAUACUUUUAAAAUCUGCAAAACUUGCAGUGACUCCAAACCUUCUGAUCCUUCCCUCUUGUGAACUGGUGCCACCAUUUUGGCUCUGUGACGUAGGAGCCAACUCCUAGGGGACGAGGUCUCUUCAACUCCCCCAGUAAAAUAUUUGAGAGGGCCAGGUGCACCCCCCCAAGUUGAUGGACAUUGCCAUUGAAAUGGUGUUUGUGUGCUUGUAUAUUGUGAUUGAUCAUUUUAUUCAAAUUGGCACCCCUGCUCUAUACAUGCAUUGGUGCUCACACCCUGAGUGCUGAAAAUAGAGGGAAAGGGAGAGAUAGAUUGUGAAACAGCAACAGACUUCCUGAAGGACCAUAUGCCUUCCUCUGUGUGGUUUUGUUGUGUGCCAGAACACUGCCAUGUACUUGGAGGUGAAUGUUGCUCAAGUUUUGACACUGUACAUUUAAAGCACAGCCAACGCACAUUUAAAGUGAAUUCCCCCAGCUUUACCUUUCCCAUUCGCAGAGCUACUUGUUCCCAGCACUUUUAAUUAGCUACAAUAUGCAGAAAUCUUUGGGGUCAAGUCGUGGGCUUUAAAUGUGCGGUGUGACUCUGCAGAUGUAAAACACCCCAUCAAUUAAUAAGAAAUAAAUAAGUAAUAAGUUGCUUGUAGAUUUUUACAAAAGUAACUCCGCUGACACACUCGGGGGCUGGGAACGGAAGCCCCACGUGAAAUGGCUGAACUUAUGUGUGCUGUUUAUACUAUUUUAUUGUCUCAAACCCCAUGAAAAGACUUUUGAAAUCUUUUAAUCGAUUGGUAGUGCAAGAAAAAAACAAAAUUGGUUAUGAAAAGGCGCAAAAGUUUUGGUUUUUGCCAAAAGGUUUAAACACCACAUGGCCUAUUGAUUGAGCAGUUGGAAAUCCUUCAAAUUAUCUAGGAUUAUAGGUUUAAACUAAUCAGAGCUCUGUGAAGCACCAAAUUUCUGGAGAUAAUUCCAGAAGUGGGAUGUCACUACCAAGAACAACCCUUCCCUCCACCAUCACUUGACAAAAUGGCUACCACUUUGGAGAAACAAAACAAAAAUGUCUUUAACAGGAGGUAAUUUACCCAGAAGUUUGUCAGGUAAAACUUUUUGCAGAACUUCUUUCCCCCUCAUAUCAGGGUGGAAUCUACACACAUAUAAAAACCAUUCUGAAAACGCUUUUGGAAAAAACCACAAACCAACUUAAAAAAAAUAUAUAUACAUUGAAUUUUCCAUAAGGCUCACCUUCGCCAUCUAGUGUCACAUUGUAUAUUGCACUUGAAACACACUUAAAACGUUUUGUUUGCAGCUGUGUAGCUGAGUCUCAGGUGUAGUUUCGCAUGCUAAAAUCCCUAUAUGUCAGGCUGCAGUUAAUGACGCAGGAGUAUCCACACAAAAAUGUGGCAUGUGCAAUGCAUCUACUAGCCCAGGAGUCAGCAAACUUUUUCAGCAGGGGGCUGGUCCACUGUCCCUCAGACCUUGUGGGGGGCCGGACUAUAUUUUGAAGAAGAAGAAAAAGAAUGAAUUCCUAUGCGUCAUAAAUAACCGAGAAAUGCAUUUUAAAUAAAAGGACACAUUCUUCUCAUGUAAAAACACGCUGAUUCCCGGACCGUCCGUGGGCCAGAUUUAGAAGGCGAUUGGGCCGGAUCCAGCCCCCGGGCCUUAGUUUGCCUACCCUUGGAGAAAGGGAUUUAGGGAAAGAAAGAUGGCAGAAAAGACCAAAGGGCACAUUCCGUAAAACCCAAUGCAGAUACUAGUCACUGACAGACAGAGGUCUUUCCUUUCCUUGUUAGGACAUGGUCAAAGAGGCGUCAACAUAUCUCUUCAGUGCUACACAACAAAGAUUUUACUUCAAGGCUGUAAAACUUGUCAUUCCUUCAACAUGGAAAGACAAAGCAGAGUAUCAGAGAGUAACUACAGAAACCUAUGACAAGGUAAGUCUAGGGGAAUACUUUAAAUUGCAAAUGUACUUGUAGUAUUUUUUUAAAAAAGAAAAGAUUGGGGCAAAUGGAAAGAUCAGAGGGAAAAAUAAAUACAGAAUAAGACUAUGCCAUCACUUUUGAAUGCAACUGAGUUUACUUUUGAUUGAACAUGGAUAUCAGAGAGUAACUACACAAACCUAUGAUAAGGUAAGUCUAGGGGAAUUGGGCUGCAUAAAAUAUAUUGUUCUUACAGAUGUGAUAAUGGUCAAGGCUAGAUUAAAAAGGUUGGGGACCCUGGUGCGCUCCCAAAACAGGACCCCCCUUUAUCCUCAAAGGAAUGCAUGAAAUAAGGAACUGGAAAAUAUAUUUUGAGAAAUCUUAAAUACUAGCACAAGUGGCUGGGCCUGGUGAAAUUUUAAUUCCUUACCCCUACAGUUAUGAUUCAUGGGUUCCCACUUAAUUUUAUUUUGAUUUUAAAUGUGAUUUGAAUUGUAUUUAAACUAAUUGUUUGAUUUUGUGUUUUUAAUGUAUUUUAUAUAUUUAGUGUUAGCCGUCCUGAGCCCGAUCUCGGUUGGGGAGGGCGGGGUGUAAAUAAAAUUUAUUAUUAUUAACAAAUUUAUUAUCACAUAUGCUGUCACGGACUACGAAAAGUACUUGGAGCAUUUGCCAUUUCACAAGUCAGCAAAAUAACAAGCCUUUUGGUGAUCCUGAGCAUUUUUCAUUCUUUAAACUCACUUCUCAUUGUGUUUUCUCACUUUCGAACGUCAGUUAGUCAUGAGUUCUCCCUCACAUGGCUGUUGUGAAGAUUUACGAGGCAUAAUAUGAUCAUAAUAUGCUUCUAUCGUAGGCAUCAAAUGUUGACUCCUUUAACCCAAGUGAUGGAUCCUUGUAAAGGCCAAUCUAUUUUGGAGAUUAGUACAAGGCUUCAACCAUUCUUAACUUAGCUUGUUGGACUCCAUGUCUUCUUUGAUGUACAGAGUAACACCACCUCCAGGAUGCUCUUGCCUGGCUUUCUUAUAAUGUCAGUAUCCAGAUAUAACCAUGUCCCAUUGUCUCUCUCCAUUCUACCUGACAUCCGUCAUGCCCACUCCAUCCACGCUAUCCUCUAAGGACAAGCACUUCAGCUUGCCCAUCUUGGCUGGGAUACUUCCAGCAUUAGUAUAUAAACACAUAUAUAUAUUACCUCUCUGAGAUACUUUUGUUUUAGCCUACAGUUCUUUGGCUCCCAAAGUUAUGCUUUUGGUACCAUCCUGCUUGCUCUUAAGUUAUAAGGGCUCCUUAUGUAGAGGUUAGAGAACAUUAAGUGCUUAUUGAGCAUUUUUGUUCUGAAAGGGGUCAGCAAACUUUUUCAGCAGGGGGCCGGUCCACUGUCCCUCAGACGUUGUGGGGGGCCGGACUAUAUUUUGAAAAAAAAUAAAAAUGAACAAAUUCCUAUGCCCCAUAAAUAACCCAGAGAUGCAUUUUAAAUAAAAGCACACAUUCUACUCAUGUAAAAACACCAGGCAGGCCCCCACAAAUAACCCAGAGAUGCAUUUUAAAUAAAAGGACACAUUCUACUCAUGUAAAAACAUGCUGAUUCCCGGACUGUCCGCGGGCCGGAUUUAGAAGGCGAUUGGGCCGGAUCCAGGCCCUGGGCCUUAGUUUGCCUACCCAUGGGUUAUACGAACGUUCAUCUUGAUUUCUAUGCAGGGUAUUAUACAUCUUCCUGUUGAUCAUUGGUCCACUCCUUGUUUCUCAACACAUUUCCUAACCGCAAAAAGCCGUUUCAAAACAAACUGAUUUAUUGUGCUAGGGUGACAGAGCACUUCAACCCACUUCACUUAUACAGAUCAGAAUUUACGAAUGUGCAUUUGAAUGCACAUUCACAAAAUAUAGACAGUCUAGAGAUCUGGACAGCCUAUAAUUGUGACUAUGUAUACAUUCACUGACAGUAACCCUGCAGUCCGAUGUGCUCUUUACUGAGUGUAAGCCUAACUGAAUAUCAAGACUUCUUUCUACAUCUACCUGCAUAGUAUUAGGCUACACACUUCACAAAUUGCACAGGUACUUAUUCAAAAGAUUAUCUCAGCUGUUUUAGGAGAAUACACUAUUAGGCUAUAACUUCUUUUAAAUGUGCAUUGUAACCCUUGGGCCCAAAUCUGUGUACAGUGGGACCUCGGGUUACAAACACUUCAGGUUACAGACCCCUCUAACCUGGAAGUAGUACCUCUGGUUAAGAACUUUACCUCAGGAUGAGAACAGAAAUCGUGCAGCAGCAACAGGAGGCCCCAUUAGCUAAAGUGGUACCUCAGGUUAAGAACGGUUUCAGGUUAAGUUCGUAACCAGAGGCACCACUGUACUGUAUUUCUGUUCAGAAUCAAAAUCACCGUAUAAGAUUAAUCACCGUAUAAGAUUAAUCACCGUAUAAGAUUAAUAUCAACAGUAUUGGUUGUUUCUUUUCUCUGUGAUCUUUUAGCCGUGUUCUGUUUUAUUUCAGGCCGAUGUCGUAGUCGCAGAACCUUUCGCCAAAUAUGGAGACGAUCCCUACACCUUGCAAUAUGGCGGAUGUGGGGAACCAGGGCGAUACAUUCAUUUUACUCCUAACUUCUUGACCAACGGCAAUUUGUAUAAUGCUUAUGGUCCUCGAGGUAGUACCUGUUUUUAUUAUUAUUAUUAAAAUGUGAGUCAAGGUUUCAAAAGAUAAUGCUUUCCGCGAAUUCCAUUAACUCCUUAAAUGUAGUUGCUUACUUACUCGAAAGCCUCCUAAUUUGUCUGUAACAGAUCAGCAACAUUUCCAUGUCAGAUUCAUCAGAACAUACUCUAGUAACAACGUCUCCUUUCUUGAAGCUAGUUGAACAUGCUCCCAUUCCAUUGUACCACCUCAUCCCCUCAACCUGAAGCCAUUAAUAAAUUGGCUUUAAAACGACCAUAGCCAAUAAUACCCUGUGCUGUGAGAGCUCGAGGCUCACAGGUGAAGCCCAGCAAUAUUCCAUCAAGAGGUCAAGUCAAUGGUUUGAGUCAGAAACUCAAGGUGAGAGUCCAUGACAAGGUCAUGAGGCUGUGCUACAAGAUGUUGUCAGAAGAAGGAGAAGAAAAAGAAGAAGAGUUUGGACUUGAUAUCCCACCUUUCACUCCCCUUAAGGAGUCUCAAAGCGGCUAACAAUCUCCUUUCCCUUCCUCCCCCACAACAAACACUGUGAGGUGAGUGAGGCUGAGAGACUUCAGAGAAGUAUGACUAGCCCAAGGUCACCCAGCAGCUGAAUGUGGAGGAGUGGGGAAGCGAACCCGGUUCACCAGAUUAUAAGUCCACCGCUCUUAACCACAACACCACUGCUGGCUUGCACCGUGACUGAACUGAAGCCUUAUAGACGUUGAUGGGAGGGAAGGAGGGACUUUUGAAUCAGAUCAAAAAGUUGCCUAUCCCUUUCAUAGUUAUUUAAUUGCUUGUGUGUGUGUGUGUGUUGUACAUUAUAUGUUUCUUCCCCCCGCCCCAAAAAAGUGUGUCACAUUGAGCUUUGUCAUUGUCUUUCACAGGUAGAGUCUUUGUUCAUGAGUGGGCUCAUCUCCGAUGGGGUGUCUUUGAUGAGUAUAACAACGAUGCACCUUUCUAUGCUCCUGGAGGAGACAACUUGCCUGAAGCCACAAGGUACCAUCCCAUACCGUCCAGUUAUUGUCUAGACUGGAUUAGCCUGUAAUUUGAUGAUAUACAGAAGAGACUUUUCAUUAGGGGAAAAUGCUGCAAUGUCUUGGCGGACAGCACACCCAAUGAGUACCUUUUUCACACCACACACCCCCAUUUUGUAAGAAACACGUUUAUUGAAUAACACAAAAGCUCAUCACCACCACAUUCCGCAACAAGAGUUUUCAAUUCAUUGAGAAAAGGCUGCGUCCGAAGUUACUGCCACUUCUGGGAAAUGUUGUCACGCCCCAUGCCAUGCCCUCUUCCUCUGGCUUUCAGGAUAGCAGCUUUGCCCCUUCCAGCCCCAGAGCCCUGGUUUUCGUUCUCCGUACUUCUCAGCAUUGGAGCAUUUUUCAGCAUAUCGGGCAAGAUGAGGAAUCGGGUUUUGCUCCCCCGAAUGUACACCUGCUUUAGAUGUGCCACACGGCCAUCUCUGUAGGUCACUGUCAUGUUGCCCACUACCUACUUUUCCUUGCCCAUCUCCUUAUCAGCUGCAAUCUUCCAAGCACUCAAGGCCUAGGUAGGAUGUCGAGAGACCCCUUGUUACUCCAUUAAGCCUUCUUCCCAUUAUUCAUAUCGAGGAGUCCUUUGGGACAAUAGCAGUUAGCACAGGCAUAGGGCCAACCUAAUCAACACCCCUAGACGGUCUGGUUGCAACUGUUUGCAAUAGGUAAGUCUUAGGAUUGCCAUAUUUCAAAAAGUGAAAAUCCAGACCAAAGGUUGUUGAGCAUUUUUCUUGGGGGUGGGGUGGCAAAGUUUGAGGGAAAUCACCCAAAAAUCAAUAUUUCCAAUAUGGGCUUGCCAUACACCUGGGUUUUUCCAGACAUUUUAGCCGCUUGCCGAAAAUUCUGCCCGGAUGCCAUUUUCGACGGACAAAUCCUGGCUAUGUCUGAUGUAUGGCGGCCCUAGUCAGUCUUAAUCAUUUCCCCAGCCAAAUCCAGUUGUUGUUGCUGCUGCAUCGUCGUCGUCGUCAUGAUUCUUUCUAUUGUUAUUGUUAUUUUAAUUUAUAUCCCAUAGCAGCAAGGCAGGAGUGAAUGACUGAUCUAAUCUGCACACAGUAGUCAUUUAGGAAAAAAGAGACCUUUCCCCCGAAUUGACUAUUCUGUGUAAAUUAGAUCACUUAAAAAGAAUUAAAAUUGUUAUUAGUCCAGAGGUUUACAUUAUCGCCACAGGAAGAAAACUGCCUUAAAAUGGUACAGAAAUCCCUGUUUGCAGACCCAUAUAUUUGUGACAUAAAAUGCUUGCCUGGAAGCAACCUAUGUGACUGAGGGCUCAUCAUCACUUCCACUCGUGCCACGCCACUCAAAAGUGGAUAAGUUCUUAAUCAAACUGUAUUAUAUCCACGUUACUUAGAAUUCUACAGUCCGAUCAUCUGGGAGUGCUGGUGGGCAUUUUAGCAACUGUGGCAUGGACAAAAACAUGCCAUCACGUAACUGCUUAUUUCUCGACUUUUAAAUUGACUGGCCAUUAUUUGUUUCUAUUAUAUUGAUUAGGUGCUCGACGGAUUUUACCGGUCAAUACAUAUUCCCACUUGGUGGCAAACAAUACAGACGUUGCAAAAUUGAUCCCCAAACUCAGCUGUUUGAACACGGAUGCGUAUUUUUACCAAGCAGGCGCCAAGAUACUGCAACUUCUAUAAUGUAUUUGCAAAGUCUCCCUUCGGUAAGUACGACAAAUCUCAGUUGGGAUCUAUUCUUCUCCGGUGUCUGCCUUCAAAAACACAAGAUUUUUUUUUGCUAAGGAGGUAGGCAACCUCAACCUCCGUGUUUAAGGGGGGAAUGGACUGCGUUCUUCCUGCACCUGCAGGAGCCCAGAAAAAAACAUUUCACAGCAGAACGAGGCUCACACAGACAACCUCUUUCUAUCCACACACCCCCCUUUUGACUUUUUAAACUUUUGAGGUUUGCCCAGGAUUUCUUCUACUCCUGCAUACACCAGGGAUUUCUUGUGUUAUCUUAUACCUCCCUCUUGUGUUGUGCCGUUGCUAUUUCAGCCACAUGAGCACUGAGACUCCCCCUUGUAGUGAUGUAUGGACAUUGUGACGUUAACAUAUGAGGGUGCUGGAGAGGAAAUAGUUAAACAGGUUACCCAAUCAGAACCCAGGGGGUGGAGUCAGAGGGACUAUAAAACCAGCUCUGGGAGGGGCGAAGAGGGAGUUUGUUGGGUGGUUGGUUGGAGUGGGAGUCAACUGGGAUAGAGUCUGUGGGUAGGUUGAGUUAGCGUAGUGAAAUAAGCUGAGUCAGGAACAGUUAGGAGCUAGGAAGACAAGUAAAUAUCUGUGAGGUUUAGAGAGUGAGAGCAGGUAGCGGAAGUUAUAGGUCUGGAUAGGCACCCCAUGAUUGUAAUUGACCGAGACUGUUUAUGAAACCACACGCUUAUUAAACUGCAAUAAAUAAACAGAAGUUUAUGUUUCAAUUUAACCCUGACUGGACUCAGUAUUGUCCCAGGUAGGGCCUUGGUGGUGGCAGCGAGAAAUAAAGUGGUGGCACAGGGAUCAAUAGACAGUGAAAUGUCUGGGGACCCUGUGUGAUCACCACAGACAUUAACUUGUGACAUGAGAAGUGAAUAUCUGUUCAAGCCCUGGGAGAUCAAUAAGCAUAGCUGUCAACUUUCCCCUUUUCUUGCGAGGAAUCCUAUUCAGAAUAAGGGAAUUUCCCUUAAAAAACAGGAAAAGUUGACAGCUAUGUCAAUAAGUAAACUUGAACAGACUCUUUGGAAACUCUUUUCAUUGCAUUUUUAUGAGGUUAAGGGCAACAGACGUCUAGAACUAAAAAUCUGCUGAACACCCUGUAGCCUUUUUUUGUCUGUGUCGAUGAAUGUCAAUCUUUGCAGCACCUCUUCGUAAGGAACAGCUGCCAUGAAAUAGGAAUUGCUAAUGAGGCUGUGAUCUUGACCUGUCCUUCCUAUCUUUUAUUUAGGUUACUCAGUUCUGUAACAAAAGCAACCAUAAUAUUAAAGCAACAAAUUUGCAGAAUAAAAUGUGCAGCUACAGGAGCACCUGGGAAGUAAUUAUGGACUCUCCUGACUUUGCCAGUUCAUCUCCAAUAACGGUUCCCCCACCUGAUCCCACUGUCUCCUUGCUGAAAAAACAGGAGAGAGUUUUGUGUCUAGUGCUUGAUGUUUCCGGGAGCAUGGAUGCGGUAAGUCUGCUUUCCAUGUUCAGAAGAUACGUUUUGAGAAAGUUCAAAAAUUAUGGUUUUCAUGUCCAUAGGGAAAACAAAUGGACACUGAGGUCUAGCUCCAAGGGCCUUCUGGCAGUUCACUGCAAGAAGUGAGGUUAUAGGGGACCAGGCAGAGGGCCUUCUCGGUGGUGGCGCCCUCCCUGUGGAACACCCUCCUGUCAGGUGUCAAGGAGAUAAACAACUAUCUGACUUUUAGAAGACAUCUGAAGGCAGCCCUGUAUUGUGAAAUGUUAAUGUCUGAUGUUUUACAUUUUUUAAUGUGCUGUAAGCCACCCAGAGUGGCUGGGGAAACCCAGCCAGAUGGGCAGGGUAUAAAAAAAUAAAAUUAUUAUUAUAAAUGUCAAUACAGCAUUGGCAUUUCUGUAGUAAAUGACACUGUAUAUUAGGAACAGUGAGGCUCAAUUUUGUUGUAUCUCAGUUGUAGGGAACCUUCAGCCUUCCACAUACUGCUGAACUACAACUCCCAUCAGUCCCAGCAAGCAUGGCCAGUGACCAUGGGAUUUGUAGUUCAGCAAACAUUCAUCACACUUUGUCUACCUGAUUAGAUACGUUUAUUUGAAUAUUUAUCCAGCUGUGGUAACAAAUCCAUACAGGAGAUGUGCUGCAGGGAAGGGCAACGUGGCCGUUGUGUGCCAGAGGGCAACCUCAAUCAAAUUCUGUGUUGGUGCAGGGAACCCAGAGCAAGUGAUGGAUUGUGGGAGAUGGAAAACACUGGGUAGGGGAGAGGCAGAAUGGAUGAAGCAUGGAAGGAGGAAGGGGGAAAUCCAACUGCAAGCAUUCGGUUGAGAUAUCUAAAGAGAUCAGUCAGGUCUUUUAGGAUUCUCAGUAGAGAAGGAAGCUUCAGCAGCUACCCAUGUUCUGGUGAUAAUCCCUGAAGUGGUUUCAAGAGACAUGGGAAUCAUUUGACUGAAAGUCAGGGUAAAGACCAUCUAACUAACCAAACAACUGCUAAGCAAAUAGAAACAAGAUUCUGUUAACUGAAUUGGUAUUUCCAUAUAUAACAUAUGGAAAUGUGUUCAGCAGCCACAAAAAUAUUAUAGGAGAAAUAGUUUUCGAGAGCACAAUUCACGGGACAAGCCCCUUUGAAAUGAAAGCUGCUGUUGUGCACCUCCCAUCCAUUUCAGAAAAAAUUCCAGAUGGAUUGCGCCCUGAAUCACAACAUGAAUGAGGUUAUUUGGAUACUCUGAAACAUUAUGGAUUUGUCUAUAUUCACGAAUGUUUUGCUGAUCACUAUACUUACAAAUAAAGCUUCAGGGAAAUUUUUUAUUUGCUUCUCAGAAUGCAAUGGCAAGUCUGUGAAUGCUGUUUGUUUUUUAAUUAUUAUUAUUAUUCACAUGCAGAGCAAUCGCAUUGGUCGGCUGAAACAAGCUGCAGAAGUAUUCAUCCUGCAGAUUAUUGAAGCGGGAUCCUGGGUUGGGAUAGUCACGUUCAACAACAGAGCAUCAGUUCUGACUGGCUUGAAACAGAUCAGUAGCAACAGCAUGAGGCAAACACUUGCAGGCUAUCUUCCUACCUCAGCUGGCGGAGGAACCAACAUAUGUUCCGGCGUGCAGUCAGGAUUUCAGGUGAAGGAGAAGAAAAAAAAUCUAGAUUAUUUUAUUCCUAUGCUUCUGUUUAGUUGAGUGUUGUUGUUUAGUCGUUUAGUCGUGUCCGACUCUUCGUGACCCCAUGGACCAGAGCACGCCAGGCACUCCUGUCUUCCACUGCCUCCCGCAGUUUGGUCAGACUCAUGUUUGUAGCAGGGUUGCUGCAUAUAAUAGUUGUGUUCUAGGGGGCAUAUCAGGUCUCAUAAAAGCCAAGAAAACUGGAAUUCAGUGCAGACAAGAUAGAGGUGCUGUUAGUAGGUUUGCUGCCUGGGUAAGUGUUGUUCAACCAGUUCUGGAUUCUUACUCACCUGAAAGCUCAGGUUCAUAGCUUGGGUGGAGCCAAAAGAGCCAGCGUGGUGUAGUGGUUAAGAGCGAUGGACUCGUAAUCUGGUGAACCGGGUUCGCUUCCCCGCUCCUCCACAUGCAGCUGCUGGGUGACCUUGAAGUCUCUCAGCCUGAAGUCCAAACUCCUCCUCCUCCUUCUCCUUCUCCUUCUCCUUCUCCUUCUCCUCCUCCUCCUCCUCUUUCUUCUUCUUCUUCUUCUUCUUCUUCUUCUUCUUCUUCUUCUUCUUCCUGCUUGACUUAGCAAUGAUCUUAGGGACUGGGCAGCCUGAUAAACUGGUCCUAAACUGUGAAGGAGCCAUAGUGCAUCACUGUGAAUUCCCUGCAGUGGAAGCUAUAUGUUUUCUCUCCCUUUCCAUAUUGAGGCAAAAGAGAGUGCUAAAGUUGAUGUCUCCAAGCGUGGGGAUAGGGAGGGGGAAUUUUUUCAGUUUGCAUUUAAAGCCGAGUUUAUCACUUUCCUAAGCAAUUUGACAACCCAAACAUGCCACCCUUCGAAAUUCAAAAUUUUCCAAAUUUGGUGCUUUAAGGUUUCCUCUCUUUUUUUUGAUAUUAAUUUUUAUUAGUUUUCAAUUAGUUUUCAAUUUAUUAGUUUUCAAUCCAAAAUGAAUUGCUUUAGUUUUCCAGCUCACCAAUGUUUACAAAAAUGAACAUAUUACGUACAAGUUUGCAUGAAAUGGAAUCUAUUAUUAAAAAACCUAUAAUCAAGAUGCAUAAUCAAAUGGGGGGGGAAUCUAUAAUCAAGAUGCAUUAUAUUAGGAGAAAAUGCUUGCAAAAUUAUGCGCUUGAGUGAAAACUGCAUAUAAAAAAACAUGUUUAUUAGGAGAAAUUUGCACUAAAAUGCUGAAUAAUUUUCAUGAGGGAUUUUAAAAAUAAAAUUCUGAAAUUGCUGCAUAACUGCAAAGAUUGAAAUUUAAGAAUAUAAAAAAGAGAAACUGUGAGGGCUGAUAUUGACAGGUCUUCUGUUCCUAGGCAUGGAUUUUAGGGGAAUGCUAUGGCAGUUGUUGUGGAACAGCAGCUAGACAGAGGAGUGAGUAACCCAAUUUGCACAUAUUUUCUACCCUUUGAAAGUAGUGAAGUAGCAAAUGCUGUUUCUCCCUUAACAGUAACAUAUAUGGCACUUAUCUCACCGCAGUCCACUUCCUAUAGAGGUACGAAAUUAAUUCACACAUAUGUCACAGAGCAGCAACCGUACAACAUACUUGCAGAGCUUUGUAGCAGUUAUGCCAUACACUUUAAGUGUGUGCCCUUCUACAUUACUAAUUGCUGUUAAUUUUUCAAUCCUUUUUUUCCAUACAGGUCUUUUUACAAAAGUAUUCAACUACAAAAGGCUGUGAAAUUGUGCUCUUGACAGAUGGCGAAGAUCCUACUAUAACCUCUUGUUUUGAAGAAGUUCAAAAUAGUGGGACUAUAAUUCACACCAUUGCUUUGGGACCAAGUGCUGCAGAAGAACUAGAAGGAUUGGCAGACAUGACGGGUAAGUAAUUGAACGAAAUGUCUGAGUCUUACAGGAGUCUUCUGUGCUACUUAGUGCCAGCUGGUGUCUUGCAAAAAGUUUGUUUCACUUCAGACACACACUGUCCGCAGCAGUAUUCAGAGAAGCCUCUCUCAGCAGCAAUUCCCCUCAUACAGAGAGAGAGAAGACAGAAAAGCAGUUAAAAACAACAGUUACAGUCAUACCUUGGUUCUCAAAUUUAAUCCGUUCCGGGAAUCUGAUUGGCUGCAGGAGCUUCCUGAACUCAAUCGGAAGCCAUAGAAGCCGCGCUGAACGUUCAGCUUCCAAAAAAUCGUUCAAAAACUGAACACUCACUUCCUGUUUUUGAUCAUUCGGGAGCCGAAAUGUAUGAGUUCCAAGGUGUUUGGCAUCUGAGGUUCCACUUUACUUGAAUAACAGUCACAACACAAUGGAACGCCUCUCACAUGUGACUCACAGUCAUCCAAUCACAUGAGAGAGCUACAGCCCUAGGAAAAACCCAUGUUAAAAACACACAGAAAUUUAACAUGAAUAAAUAUGACUAUUUCAGGAAAUUAAACCAUGAUCCUUAACAAUCCCAAGUCCUAUUGCCGCAUUUACUCGAGUCUCAUACAUGUACGUCAUCAAAUCUAACGCACACCUCAACUUUCAGAACCUUGAAACAAACAAAAAAAUGUAUUUGCUGGCGAAUGUAAAUGUGCUGUCGAAUCUAAUGCGCACCUUCAUUUUUCGCAAUGUGAUUUGGCCCCAGAAAGUGAGCAUUAGAUUUGAAUAAAUGUGGUAUUCUGUCAUUACGGCAUUUGUGAGGCUAGAACGCCAUAUUGAAAAUGGGGAGACCGAGGUUCAGCCACAAAAGCUCACUUUGCACUGUCUUUCAGCAGACUUGUUGUGAGGAUAACAUUGGAAAGGGUCUUUGUGUACUGGGUUAGGUGCGGUGGUGGGAUACAAGGGCAAUUAAGAAAUCUAGAGUUUCCUUCCUUCCACUGAGUUAAGUGGGCUAAAUUUUCCUUAGCCAUUCCAGUUGCUGCCUAUGACCACAAAACACAAACACCUUGGGGGUGGCAUUCUAUGAAAUAAAAAACCCUAGUGCAAGAAUUAGUGAUCAUUCAAUGAAAUUUUCACCAUCCCCCCCCCCCCGCGCCGUGUAGCGGCCACUACAAGGUAUCAUACAAAAGCUAAUUGCAUUUUAUUCCACCUGAAAAAUUCUUCUAAUUAUUAUUAUUUCCAACCACAUUUCAGGAGGUUCAAAAUUUUCUGCCACUGACAGUUUGGAUUCCAACGGCCUCAUCGAUGCUUUCAGUGGAAUUUCUUCAGGAAGUGGAGAUAUCAGUCAACAAUCUAUUCAGGUUUGAACUGCAAAGAUUUGAGUGCAUGCAGCAGUCUAUCAUCAUCAUCAUCACUAUCGCUAUUAUUAUUUGCUUAAAAUUACUAGGCACCCUACAAGAAUUAAAGUCAACACGGAGUGAAAUCAAUUCUACAGCCCAUGUUUUUCUAUUAUUGAACAGGGGGAGGAACAGGUAUUAAAAGAAUUAAAAAAGAAGGACAAACGGCCAAAAUGGAUUUUGGCAGAGCUGAAACAUUUCACAAUGUACCAUUCUGAGUUCAAAUGAAUGUGUGAUAUAAUUCAUUUUUAUUUGCCUGAACAAAUAACAAAUUGGAGAAGAGGUUUCAUUAGGAAAAUAAGGUAAAGGUAAAGGGACCCCUGACCAUUAGGUACAGUCGUGACCGACUCUGGGGUUGCGGUGCUCAUCUCACUUUAUUGGCCGAGGGAGCCGGCGUACAGCUUCCGAGUCAUGUGGCCAGCAUGACUAAGCCGCUUCUGGCGAACCAGAGCAGCGCACGGAAACACCGUUUACCUUCCUGCCGGAGCGGUACCUAUUUAUCUACUUGCACUUUGACAUGCUUUCGAACUGCUAGGUUGGCAAGAGCAGGGACCGAGCAAUGGGAGCUCACCCCGUCGCGGAGAUUCGAACCGCCGACCUUCUGAUCGGCAAGUCCUAGGCUCUGUGGUUUAACCCACAGCACCACCCGUGUCCCUCAUUAGGAAAACAGUAUAUGACAAAAGUGUUUCUUUAAAAACAACAACCCAGCACCAUGGUUCCAGCCCAGCUACCCAUUGCCAAAAUGUGGAAACUGGAGAUUUGAGUUGCCUCAUCUAGCAUUGUCCAAAUAUUGGCUGGCCAUUUCCAAGGCUGUUGAGUUAGAGGUGUGAUUGUUUCCACCUGUUUCAACGUAGCUGCUUAUCUGCCUUCCUCCAUUUCUUUAACAUUGAAAUAUUGAUAGAAACUAAAUUUAUCACCACUGGACAAACCAAUGUCUGUAUGGGGCAAGACCUAUCAUGUUAUGACUGUACCAGCAUUUUUAUUAAAGUCUGAGUAUUGGAUAUUACUUGUCCAGCAGAACUAACCAUUGUGAAGGCACCUUCUAAACAAUGUACCGCCACUCAUUUCUUUACAUCUUAUGAAAGGAAAUGAACCACAUGUAUUCAAUUUAUAAAACUUUUCACAUACUGUAUACUUAUUUCUCCCCCCACCAACAGCUUGAAAGUAGAGGGCAAAGCGUCCGUUCCCAAGACCAGCUGAAUGGUAUUGUAACCAUUGAUAAAACAGUGGGGAAUGACACUUUCUUCGUGGUGACGUGGGGCGCAUCCCCACCGGAAAUUCUGCUCACAGAUCCCAAAGGAAGAGAGUACACUGAAAAAGACUUUGCAAUUGAUGACACCAACGUCCGAACAGCUCGCCUCAAGAUUGAUGGAACCGCAGAGGUAAAAACUGAGCUCUUCUCAAACUUCUCUAUGCAUCGAACCAUCACUAGGAAUGUGCCUAUUCCUUUUUGAAAAGGAAGAAAUGACUGUAGCUGUGUUAGUGAAGGGUUGCGUCACUACAGCAAAUUAUUUAAGAGCCAUUCACUACUAACCUUUACGACAUUUAACAUUCAGUUGCUUGUCUGAAAUUAUAGUUUCUGUGCAACUGACCGGUUUAUUACUUUAUCCCUUAUAGGGCAGAAUCUCACAGAAUAAUCAUAGAAUUAUCAAACUGUAGAAUUGUAGAGUUGGAAGGGACCACAAGCAUAAACUAGUCCAGCCCCCUGCAAUGCAGGAAUCUUAUGUUAUAUCUAUACUAUUAGGCAGUCCAUUAUACCAUGCGAAGUCUGAGGCCUUUGUUGUUCUGCCUGAUUGCGCCACUUAGGGCAGCCCAGACCUACUUUUAUGCCUGGGUAGCGGACCUGAGGGAAGACUGUGUCCCUCAGGUCCUCUCCCCAAGCCCUGCCGCCCAGGCUGCUGCGGAUUGGUCUUUUCAAACUGCGGGCCUUAUGUUGCCCAUGAUGCUCUGUGGUGGCCAGGAGGGAGCGGCAAUGGCUGUGGAAAGAUGGCGAGAAUCUGCGGGGCUGAGGAAGCACUGCAGUGGGCCGCAACUGCCGCUCACUGUGGAAGGAGUAAACGUGCAUUAUAUGUCCAGCUUGCCACUGCUGCUAGUACCUUCUGCACUUGUAGAUAUAUAUUUUGUAGAAAAUGACAUCCAUCUUUAUCAAAGCACAACAAUAACCAAAGAAAUGGAACUGUAUUCACAAACAUUACUUAGAUAUGCAAUAUUCUUCUAUAUUUCAGACAGGAGAUUGGAUUUACUCAAUUCAGAAUACAUAUUCAAACGCUCAGGUCAUAUCGAUAACAGUCACAACUAGAGCAGCAUCUGUCAAUGUGCCCCCGGUGAUUGUGAAGACCUUUAUGAAUAGCGAUACCAAUAAGUUUCCUAGUCCGAUGGUUAUUUAUGCAGAAGUCAGCCAAGGAUUCUUACCUGUUAUCGGUGCAAAAGUCAUAGCCACAGUUGAACCAGAGACUGGAACACCUGAAGAGGUGGAGCUUUUGGACAAUGGUUCAGGUAUGUUUAUUUCGAAAUGUUAUGGGCAGUAUGCAUUCUGGAUUUAUUUAUUUUUUCCCCUGAAGCAGAAUAUUAACUCAUCAAAUCUAGCAUCAUCUAAGCUGACAUAGUGGAUUCAAAAGCUGAUCUUGGCUGUUCAUCUUUCGCAGUGGCAAAUUCAUUCAUUCUUUUCCGAUAGAGUACAUACAUUGCAACCAAUACCAGUGUAUGUAUUGGGCUUUUCCUGUAGCAUGUGACUUGCCUUAUCUGCAUAUGUGAACUGGAACCGUUAUAUAUCAAGAUCUCAAUCUGGGCUCCCUAGUUUCAUCAAGCCGUGCAAAUCUGUCAAAUUUUGGUAUCACAGUUGGAUAGUAUGGAGACCUACUAAUGUUUGGGAAAACGAAAACAUCUUUGUCUGGUGCUGAAACGAUAGCAAGAUUGGUGCCUAGUGGGCCUUCCUGGGAGAGCAUUACAUAACUGUGAGCUACUACAGAGAAGGUCCACUCACUCUUUGCCAGCCUCCCAACUUCCCUCAGAAAUCACACACAGGGAAAGGAACCAGAUGAUGAUCUCUAGAUCUGGGUUAGUUCAUAUGGGGAAAGGGAGUCUUUAAUUUUGAUGUGUCCUGAUUUUGUUAACUGCUUGGCACUGCCAAAAAUGGAGCUUGUCAGGUAUAUGGCAAGCUACAAUAAUGCUGGUGUGUUGUGUUGUGUUGUGUUGGUUACAACUUGUGUUGGCCUGUGAGGCACAAAUAUUAAAACAUUGGUCCCUUAUGAUCCUAUAUUACAGAGAUCAGAAUCAAAUAUUCAGCUAUUUCCAUUAAAACAGCCACACACAUUGCAAAAUGAACACCUCCCACAUAGGUUAUGUAGGGUUUUGUUUUUUUAAUGACCAGCAGUGAGAGGUGAGCUUUGGGAUGUUACAUUUUUAUAUCUGUGUAUUCAGGUGCUGAUCUUAUCAAGAACGACGGGAUCUACUCCAGGUAUUUCACAUCACUCAAAGGAAAUGGCAGACACAACCUAAAAGUGCGUGUCGAAGGAAAAGACAAGGUUCUUAAACGGUCCCGUAGGCAGAGUCAAGCUCUCUAUGUACCAGGUUUCACAGAAGAUGGUAAGCCUGGGUUAUGAAAUAGCUUUACUGGUGGUAUGUUAGCCCUGUGAUUCUCAAAAUGUGAAAUUGGGAGUCUUGGGAGUAACACAAGUUUCUUCUUGCUAUUCCCCUCUUCAUAAGGCUCUUUAUGUAGAUCUGAACACUUGAGCACACUUUUCUGAUGCAUGGGUACUUAUAUGUGCCCAUAUUCUUCUAUCCUAUAAUAUUCUGGAUGUGUUAAUCGAAUGUGUCAUCAUUGAACCAAUGAAACAACUCCCUAAUUCUUACAAGGCUUUAAAAUAUGACUGUGGUAUCCUUCUUUUGGCUAACACUUUCGGCAUUUUAGAUUCCCAUCUGUUUCUAUUAUUUGCCAGCCCAAAGUCUAGAUCAGGCACGUCCAACUCCCAAGAGACUGCAAUCUACUCCCAGUAUAAAAAAACCUAGCAGUGAUCUACCCACUGUCAUUGGAGAGAGGAGGAGCGUGGUUGGACAUGCCUGGUCUAGAUCAAAUGGCUUUAUUUUCCCCCUAGCAACUCUAGGCAACCAUGGUGGAAUCUACACACAUAUAAAAAACCGCUGUGAAAAUCCUUUAAAAAAGAAAAGGUUUUGAAAAAUGCAUCAAAUUUGGUGUAGCUCACUGUCGCCGUCUAGUGUCACAUUUGUAUAUUGCACUUUACAUUUUAAAUGCUUUAUUUGCAGAUGUAUAGCUGGAUCCACAUAUGUAAUGCAUUGAUGCUACGUGUGGGUGGGAAAGAGGCACGUGAUCCGUUUACCCACAUAACUUGUCUGCAUACAGCAGCUUCAGAGUAGGGGAAGCAGCUCAGUGUAGGAAUGGAGGUAGAUCUGUAUUGAGAAGGUGGUGUAUAAUAAAGUGAUUUUAACGUCUUAAAUUUAUCUGGAGGUGGACACACACACACACACACAAUAGGUAUUUGCCCAUUUUUAUUGUUUGUUGUUUAUUCUCAGCCUGUUACUAUACUCAGCAACAAACAAAAAACUAACAUGUGGCGUGGUAAUCGACAAAGCGCUAAGCAAAAUGUUCCCCCUCACAAAGAUUUCUCCUUGUGCAAGACAACGUUCAGCCAGUGUGGUAUAGUGGUUAAGAGCAGUAGACUCGUAAUCUGGUGAACCGGGUUCGCUUCUCCGCUCCUCCACAUGCAGCUGCUGGGUGACCUUGGGCCAGUCACACUUCUUUGAAGUCUCUCAGCCCCACUCACCUCACAGAGUGUUUGUUGUGGGGGAGGAAGGGAAAAAGAGAAUGUUAGCCGCUUUGAGACUCCUUAAAGGGAGUGAAAGGCAGGAUUUCAAAUCCAAACUCUUCUUCUUCUUCUUCUCCUCCCUCUUCUCCCCCUAAAUCUGUCUGCAUCUGGAGCAGAUUUGGGUAUGGUGAGAAACAGGCGUGGAGUGGGGGAAGAGGGAGACAUCCCAGUGUGCUGGCAAUAAUUAGCAUAAGUCAUGGGUUACCUGUAUACCUGGAUAGAAUCUGCCUAUUAGCCGUAAUGUACCCAUCUGACAUAUCUUUCCCCCUGCUUUUGUAGGUAAUAUAACAAUGAACCCCCCCAAACCUGAAGCUAAUGUGAGCAAAACUGAAGGAAAUCUGGGAAAUGUCACCAGAAUUACAUCCGGUGGUACUUUUGUAGUAUCAGGAAUUUCUCCUGGAGGUAGUCAUGAUGUUCUUCCACCCGGUAAAAUCACCGACCUUGAGGUACAGCAAACUGGUGAUGGCGGAUUCCUUCUCUCCUGGACAGCUCCUGGCGAUGACUAUGAUGUGGGGAAAGGUAAAUGUGGGGUUCUGCUUUAAUCAUUCAGUAAGGACUCUUUGAGAAAUAUUUAAAUUCCGUACUAACCUGGUUGGGGGGUGGAGAGCCAAACAACAGUUUUAGUUACACUAAUUUCAUAGGCAUGUAAUACUGUACAUCAGGGUCUCCCUUGGACAGCUCCAUUAACCCUUCAAUGUCCCCAGCGACACUCAAUUUUUAUUUUUUCUAAUUGAUGUUUUUGGCCUUCUGUUGUUGUUGUUUGGUGGGAGGAGGGCUGCCUGUUUCUGGCAUUGUUGCUUCAAUUUUUAAAUCCGUAUUUUGUUCUUAUUUUAAGACAUGUAUAUGUUUUGCCAUCGUCCGUCACCCUACCCCACCCCCGCCCCAGGCAAGGCAGAUGAGUAGUGUAAGGUUUUAUUCUGUGGAAUAGCAUACCCUCCAACAUUUUUCCACUGAAAAUAGGGACAUCCUAUUCCAUAAUGAUAAUUUUACUAUUUAUACCCUUCACAUCGGAAUGGGUUGUCCCAGACACUCUGUGCGGCUUCCAACAUACAGUGGUGCCUCUAGUUAUGAACUUAAUUCAUUCCGAAGGCCCGUUCUUAACCUGAAACUGUUCUUAACUAGAGGCGUGCUUUCGCUAAUGGGGCCUCUUGCUGCUGCUGCGCAGCCGGCACACGAUUUCCGUUCUCGUCCUGGGGCAAAGUUCUCAACUCAAGGUAACUCUUCCAGGUUAGCACAGUUUGUAACCUGAAGCAUUUGUAACCUGAGGCAUUUGUAACUCAAGGUACCACUGUAUAUAAAAACAUAAUAAAACAUUAAACAUUUAAAAACUUCCCUAUACAGGGCUGCUUUCUGAUGACUUGUGGGUCAGAUAACUCCAUACCCUCCAAUGUUUCUCCAGUAAAAAUAGGGACAUCCUAAGAGGGGUGGGGAUGCGGGUGGCACUGUGGGUUAAACCACAGAGCCUAGGACUUGCUGAUCAGAAGGUUGGCGGUUUGAAUCCCUGCAAUGGGGUGAGCUCUUGUUGCUCAGUCCCUGCUCCUGCCAACCUAGCAGUUCGAAAGCACGUCAAAGUGCAAGUAGAUAAAUAGGUACCGCUCCAGCGGGGAGGUAAACGGCGUUUCCGUGCGCUGCUCUGGUUCACCAGAAGUGGCUUAGUCAUGCUGGCCACAUGACCCGGAAGCUGUAAGCCGGCUCCCUUGGCCAAUAAAGUGAGAUGAGCACCGCAACCCCAGAGUUGGACACAACUGGACCUAAUGGUCAGGGGUCCCUUAACCUUUAAGGAAAAGUGGGACAUUCCUGGAGGGAUCAGAUCAGAAACUGGGAUGGCGUCUGCAAAUCACGGACUGUCUCUGGAAAAUAGGGACACUUGGAGGGUCUGAAAUAGGUACCCUGUUGGGUUCUGUGACAUAGGCCAUGUUUUUGCAUUGUCAAGGAAUUACGGUGAACUUCGACAAGCCUAAGCAGCAGCCCGUGUAAACUAACAGUAUGUUCUGGAACAUUCUCCAGAGUCCUUUGCAGCAGGCAAAGACGUAGUGGCGGGUGUGCAUUCAAAGCCAAUGUGGUAAGAGUUCCCUGAAGGCAGGAAGUUUGAAAUGCACAGAAAGCAAAUUUGGGCAUUGUUAUUCUUAAUCCGUGACUGCAGACAUAGAUCUUGUGUGUUCUUUAAUUCCCAAUGUCUUCUGCAACACACAAUGAUGCAAUGGGCUGGUGUGCAAUAUUCUUAGGGUUCCUGGAGGACAGGAAGUUAUGCACUGAAAGAUAGGCUUGUCACUGUUUCCUUGAUCCAUGUUUCAAGAUGUACAUCUAACGCGUGCCUGUUGUGGGUCCUUUAUUUUGCAGCUGAAAUGUGUGAAAUAAAGAUGGGUGAAAGACCCUCGGAGUUAACCAAUGCAACUUUUGAUAGUGCGACUCCCGUGGACACUGCUGGCCUGAUGACAGAAGAUGCUGGGGUCAAGCAAUCCUUUCACUAUAAGCCGGUAAACUUCACAAAAGAGAAUGGCACCUCCAUCUACUUUGCCAUUCGUUGCAUUGAUGGCAGCGACAACGUCGGAGAAAUAUCUAAUAUAGCCAGAGCAGUCGUGGUCCUUCCUGCAUGGCCAAGUUCUUCUACUCGUCCAGUCACCAUUUCUCCUACUCCAGCUGACAAUUCCAUUAUUCCGCCUAGUCCAGGUGACAAACAUCCUGGCCCAGUUGACAAAUCCACAAUUAUAAUUGUGAUAAUUGUAUGCGUUUCUGUAAUUAUUUUUUUGGCUGUUGUAGGUAUAGCUGUUUGCAUUCUACGUAAGCGGAAAUAUGGAAAUUAUGUGACGACGACUACCAGUACUACUGUUGCUCCUUGA